GACAUUUCAGACCAAUGGCGCAUUCCUCAUUCCAAACUUGCAUGGACACCUCAGUUCAAGACCACUCUCAGCAAUGAAAUUAAUAGGAUACCAAUUCAUGGUACUACUAAACCAUGCAUUCUGUUGGCUGCUCCAGUGUCGGCUGGAAAAUCGUCAUUAGUCAAUACAUUUUUCAGUGCUGAGUUGAACAGAUUGAUACGGAAGGCAGACAGUGGAGCAGAUACACGAAGUGUUACAACCGAUUUCAUGCGUUAUGAUAGUGUAGCAGAGCGGGGAAGAUAUCGAUUAUGCGAUACCAUGGGAAUUCUGGCUGAUGACCUCACAGGCCUUCAUGAAACGGAUGUGUCCCUUUUGUUGAGAGGACAUAUAAAGGCAGGCUAUAAGUUCAAAGAGGAUUCGCCUAUAUCAGAAGAAGAUGAGCAUUAUAUCAAAGAUCCAAGUGAUCUGGAGAAAUCACAUUGCUUGGCUAUUGUUAUCCCGUGUACUCAAGUAGAAAAUAUAUCGACUGCCUAUAAGGAUAAGAUUGUAAAAGCAAUUCGGGCUGCCCGAAGAGAAAAUAUCCCUGGUGUGAUCGUUUUGACAAUGAUUGAUAGGCUUUGUACGCAUGUGAUGGAAAGUGUAGAUAAGGUCUUCACCUGUAGUCACAUUAAAGAUGUUGUCAAGAUGGCAAAAGAGACAUUUGGUGUUCCGGAAAUGUAUAUCUUUCCCCUGAUGAAUUACUCGUCACAGUUGAUAAAGGAUGACUGCACUGAUAUCAUAGCUUUGUUAACUUUGAAAAAGAUUUUGGAGUUCACGUCGGACCACAUUGAGGGACCAGAACAACAGUGAACCCGAUUGCUAUUGUGCUUUUUUGAACAAUAACGGUUGUUAAAGGGUAGCGGGUUAAAUAUUUUAAAUGUAUGACAAAGCAUCUUAUAUACUACAAAGAAUAUCCUACUAUAAAGUUUAUGUGUUUUGCAGCAGCACAGUAUAUUUCGAUCAGCGCCAGAAAUAUUAGUAUUGACCGACAAUUACCUGUACCCAAGGUUGCGAAUCACAUCAUACUGCACUGCUUAGCAGGCGAUGGCUGUUUUACUUAACAAACUAUAAGUGUUGGCCGUGUUUUAAUGAUUUUGCCAUCAAAGCGAUCGAUUGCUUUUGAUCACUUUGUAAACAACUCUGUAUUCUGCACAACUCAGUUCAGCUGCAAUCUAGGAUUUUAACUGACGUUUUAAGUGACCAUCAGGACCAUUUUAUGCGCUACUAUUUGUUACACUGAAUAGCGGUUUGUUUCCAAGUUGAAUUUUAGCAAUAAAUAUAUACAGCGUUCAAUAUGCUCUAUUUUUAAUUUAAACUUAUUAUUUUGUGUGACAUGAACGAUCAUAACUUCGGGUUAGCAUUUUCGAAGUCCAUUUCACUAGCCUAGUAUUCCUAUGUAGUAUUUUUCUAGUUAUUGUUCAUUCUGGCCUGUGAGAAUUCAGUGAUUUAUACUUUAUAUAGAAAUAUAGAUAUAAAAUUGAAAAAAAAAAACAACAACAAAGAAUUAAA